CGAUGUUCCUUUUAUUCUCCCCUCACCAGUUCUCGCACUUGACUUCUCCUACUUAAAGAUUGCUGGAUUACCUUCCCUCAAAUUGCCGCCUGCGAGGCGCUUCUUGCUCGGUUUCAUGCCGACCACAACGCGUUAUACCUCUCCGAUCCCUGAUCAUUACUACGCCAUAUUUGCCUUUUACGAGCCGUUCCUUUGUACGGUUGGCUUUUUCGGUGCUUGGGCUGAUCCAAAAACCACCCAUGAUAGUCAGGCACCUUGGCCAUAUGACAACCCUCCUCCAGAUAUUCUGCCGAGGGCUAGUCUUGUUACAGUUCUACAACUCGCUCACGUCUGCUUCCUCGUAGGCGUAAUUAACUUUUUCAUACUUUCGGCCGUGCGUCGUCAUUUGCAUGCCCAUCCAGCUCUCCAGGAGAAGCUAGUGUCCGCCCUUUUAACUCCUCUCCUCGUUGGCGAUUUCUUACAUCUAUAUGUGACAACAUGGGCUUUGGGCGACGAUAAAUGGAACUUCACAACUUGGAGUCCCAUGCUUUGGACGACAGUCGGCUUGGGAUUGACUUUGCUCAUCCCGAGAGUUCUAUGGCAUAUGGGAGUCGCUCGAUACGUUGAUUCAAGGGAUCGUCAGGAACGUUCUCGUACCACAAUCCCGAGCGAAAAACCCACGACCCACCCGCAAUGACAUCCAAUUCGGUAGUCCAUGUCGACAUUCCUGUCCACUCGUGACCGUUCUUUAUUAAGUUAUUUAUCUGUUACCAACACUGUUUCCGGAGGACGUUAGGUCGCUCUGUCCGAAUGGGGGGCGGUGUAUAUUUUUUGUAGUUGCAGUUUUCAGUUCAAGUACAGAGUAUAUUACAUACUUAAAUCGUACGCUAAAGGAUACCUCGACUCACAAAAACCAAUAAUUAAUAAGGGCUAUCCACAAUGCUGGAUUUG